GCCAACGACGGCAUGGACAAACUCUUUUAGGGGUUUCUCUUCUUCCAUCUCCAGCCUUGGCGCUCUGGAUCCCGCAGCUCCAUGGACGCGAUCAUCCUCAUGCCGCUGCGAUCCAGUGCCAGCCUCCGCCAUCCUCCGCCGCUGGCGAGAACGUCCUGUUCUUCCCCCUGCAUUCUUCGCCCUCGCAAUCCAUGCGGCGCUGGGCUCCCGGCGCUUGGAAGCUCCACUGCCAUCGUCUUGCUCCGGGAUUGCAAGAGCAGGAAGAAGAAGCGCAGGAUCUCUUGCGCCGCGGAGCAUGCAGCCGCGGGAUUGUCAUCGUCUCUCCAUGCACAGCCCGACAUAGCUGCUUGGCUCAGCGCAUUCUACCGCUUCACUCGGCCUCACACUGUCAUAGGCACCGCAAUUGGCAUCGUCUCCAUCUCCCUCCUCGCGGCCGAGAGCGUGGCGGACUUUCUCUCUUCGCGUUUCGCGGUGGGUCUUCUCCAGGCUUUGAUCCCGGCGCUACUCAUGAACAUCUACAUCGUGGGACUGAACCAGAUAUCGGACAUCGAGAUCGACAGGGUUAAUAAGCCAUAUCUUCCUCUUGCGUCUGGAGACUACUCGCUCGCGACCGGGGUCGCUCUCGUGAUUGCGUCCGCGCUUUCGAGUCUGGGAGUGGGAUUCCUGGUCAAGUCUAGGCCACUUUUGUGGGCCUUGAGCGUCAGCUUUGUUCUAGGGACAGCGUAUUCGAUCCAGCUUCCUUUUUUGCGAUGGAAGCGGUCCGCGGUUGCUGCAGCCAGCUGCAUUCUCUCGGUGCGAGCCAUUGUCGUUCAGCUCGCAUUCUUUCUUCACAUGCAGGCCUUUGUUCUCAAGAGACCGGCCUUCUAUCCCAGAUCGUUGCUCUUCGCCACCGCAUUCAUGUGUUUCUUCUCGGUCGUCAUAGCCUUGUUCAAGGACAUCCCUGACGUAGAGGGCGAUCAGACAUUUGGAAUCCAGUCGUUUAGUGUCCGGCUGGGCCAGGAAAAGGUGUUUUGGUUGUGCAUUGGGCUCUUGGAAGCUGCUUACGCUUCAGCGGUGAUCUUUGGGGCUAUGUCUUCGUGUCUCUGGAGCAAAAUCGCCAUGACGGUGGGUCAUUCCGUGAUCGCGGCGAUUCUAUGGAUGCGAUCCCAGAGCGUCGACUUGUCUAGCAAAGCAGCGAUCUCGUCUUUCUACAUGUUCGUCUGGAAGCUCUUCUAUGCCGAGUACUUCCUCAUUCCAUUCAUGAGAUGAUGAAAAAAGAAGAUCCCGUUCCAUUAAAUUUUUUUUGGGUUGAAUAAAAGCAUCUGAUUUGAUCUCCAAACGUUACUGGACACGUGAAUAUUUGUUUCAUGUGGUGGCAAGAUAUGGUGUUUGUACGUAUUGAUCAUCGCAGAUAUCCAAACAAACAAAGGUUUAGAAA